GCAACUGUCAAGUUAACCUCACUAAAAACGGAGGCGAACUUUCAGUAUUGAAGUGAGUUUUCACGUUUGCAGAACUCUGAAUAAUAGAAACUCUGAAUUGCUGACCGGCUGACUUCGAACUUUUGUGAACUUUUAAUUUGAUACUUUGUUAAUUUAAGUGCUUCUUAGUGUUGUGGACCAAUAAGGAAAAUCAAAAUGGCUAAACGGGGAAAAAAGGGAGGCAUACCGAGGGCCGAAAUGGUGCAAGUGGCUUCCGCGAAUCGCGACGAAAACCAGGUGACAGAGUUGAAGAAGGCCGAUUACUUGCCCUAUCUGUUCAAUCUGGUCAUGCCGAAGAUGUUCUUCAAGAGCCCCAACAGAAUUGUGAUGGCCCGCCUGUAUCCCGAUGUCCAUAAGCACGAUCAGCAGUCAGCCGAAUAUUUUGAGGGCUUCCAGGCGCCCUGCUUCGAUUUGCCGGCUUCCCUUUUCCCGGAUAACGCUCCGAUAGAUAAGAUCGUCUUUAUGCCCACGGUUAUGUUGCCCAUGGGCUUCGAAGCCGGUGGGGUUUUUGGGCCGGGUGUACUUCCACGUGAUUGCUAUCCCGUUGAUCUGAUUAGGACGGAACAUGAGGGCCCAAUGCCGCCGCUGUUCGUCGGUCUGCGCAGCAUGAAUAUCAGCCUGGCGUCGAUGAUCGAUAGUUUCCUGGACAUGUACGACAAUCCGGAAGGAGAGGACGCAUUCGUGUAUGAGAUGCAUGCCACCGAUCAUCAUUACGAUGAUGAUAUAACCGAGGAGCUAAUGCUUCGCCCUGACUUCACCUUGUCGGUGGCCUACAGUUUGCCGGCAACAAUGCGUCUACCGUCGCCCUAUCCAUAUCCUUGUGUCCAGGCGCAGGACAACAUUUAUACCCCGGAUUUGUCCAAAGUCCUGAUGCUUAUGCCGCACCAGUUGAACAUUACGGUGUCCAUUCUGUCCACCGUUAACAAUCCGCAUGUUCCAUCUGUGGCAUUCGCCACCAUGUGUGAUGAGGAGGAGUGCCCCACGUUCGACCUGCCCACCGAUGUCUUUCCCAUUUGUGAGGGCGUCAAUCGUCCAAUCUUUCUGCCCAAGCGUUUCAUGCCCAAGGGAUUCGAAGCCUGCUGCGUCUUCAAGCCGGGAAGUCUUUCGGAGCUGUGGUUCAUUAAACGGAUAGGUCGAUUCGGCACUCCGCAACAGCAGCACAACUGUACCAUUACACCACCUCUGUUUGUGGGCAAAUACUCCCGCGAUGGUGAGUGCACCGAUAUGAUAGAGGAAAUCAGAAUGAAUUUUGACAAGAAAGCCCGCGAAAGUGCCAAGUCCAUUGCAAGUUUAACGCUUGAAACUCUCGGGGGGCUUAGUAGGCACAUAACCUCCACCAAGGGCUUCUUGGUAAUGGAAUCGGACAAACCGACGCCUCCAGCGGGUGCUUACAGUGUGGAAAGCUACGAAGAGGCCUCUGAAGAUGGAUGCAUUGCGAAGGUGACCAAGGAAUGUGCCAGUAAAAUCACAGAUACUCGAGAUGAUGGAAUAAAUACAGCAGACUAUCAGUCUCAAUUUCCCGAACUGGAACCGGAACCGGAACCUGAACCGGAGGAUGAAGGCGAAGAUGUGGCCAAUAAGAAGAAAUGCCUCUCGUGCUUUAAGAUUGAUAGCGACAUUGAUGUUAUGUCUCAUGCCAUUGCCGAAUUGACCGUCGCCGAAUUGAGUAUGCUGGGCGAGGAGAACCCAGUGCCCGGGGUCGAUACCGAACUCGCCUUGGACCAGCUGCGCGAGGUCUUAGAGAAUCGCGGCGAGAUUCGAUCCAACACCGACGACUUGAUGCGGGAUCACAUAUACAGGAUGGAGCGUGAUCUCAUGCUGGCUCUGCGUCAGCCAAUCCGCAAGUGCUGCGAAUGCACAGUGAACUUCUAGAUGCAUUAUUCCAAUGUUUGUAUUUUGAUUACAUAUAAUGUUGUAAUGGUUUUUUUUUUAAUUUUAUUAAGGGUUUUCGGUUUGUCACUCAG